AUGCAACACUUUACUGUCGCACUCGGCCAGAAUCGGCAUCCUACUCGCGAUUUCCCCGUGACUAGACGAGUUCCGAGUACACUGCCCGAUGCGAAGACAACCAAACUGAGUCCGUUCCAGGUGGGAGGCGAGAAUGCAUCGAUUUAUUUUGUUGGAACGGCCACGACUAUCAUAGAAUGGGAGGGAAUCCGAAUCAUGACAGACGUUCCCAACUUCCUCCAUAAACGCGACUGCGCCAAAUUCGCUCCUCUCAUUUCCUCCUCGCGCAAGACAAACCCUGCCGUUGACCUGCACGAAUUACCCCGGAUCGAUCUCGUCCUUUUGUCUCACUAUCACGGUGACCACUUCGACAAGAAAGUCGAGGAUGCCCUCCGUCGCGAUCUCCCUAUCAUCACAACCCCCCAGGCCAAAUCAGAACUCACCUCCAAGGGCAAUGAGUCGUUUACGCGGGUCUACCAUCUCGAACCGCUCCAGGGGAUGAUGGUCGAUGUGAAAUGGGACGACGCCAAGCAGCCUCGGAUUCGAAUCACGGCCAUGCCUGCUAGACAUGUUCCGGGGAGGAGAUUCACGGAGAAGUUGAAUAAUUUUGCGGCUGCUAUCCCUCCUACGACCGGCUGGAUGCUCGAACUCGGAUACGGCAACAUCGGGACGAUGAAGACCAGCUUCACCGUUGGCUAUCGCAUCUACAUCACGGGCGAUACCCUCAUGUCGGAAACGCUCAAGGAAAUCCCCGAACGCUACGCAGGCAAGAAAAUCGACCUGAUGCUGGCUCAUCUGGGUGGUACGACGCUACCAACGCCGGCCCUGUCGCCAAUGACCCGGAUGACCACGAUGGACGCCAAGCAGGGGGUGGAAUUGAUGCAGUUAAUCAAACCGGACGUGGUGAUCCCUAUCCACUACGGAGAUUAUGAGGCCUUUGCGAGUUCGCUGGGCGAUUUCCGCGCGCAGGUCGACCGGGCGGGAUUGGGGGCGGCGGUGGUGUAUUUGGAGCAGAAGGAUCAGUAUCGCUUUCGCGUGCGAGAAGAGUCGUUAAUAUAG